AUGGCGGCGGCGAACGGCCCAUCACCGGGGAGGCUGGCGUCCGUUUACAGCGAGGUGCAGACGAGUCGCCUCCAUCACGCGCUCCAGCUCCCCUCCGUCCUCAGCUCCCAAUUCUCCCUCGUCGACGGGCCGCCCAGCUCGGCUACUGGAAACCCAGAUGAGAUCGCGAAGCUUUUCCCCAACCUGUUCGGGCAGCCGUCGGCGGCGCUGGUGCCGGGCAAGGAGGCUGUGGAGGGGAAGCCGCUCAAGGUCGGGGUGGUUCUCUCCGGCGGACAGGCACCCGGUGGACACAAUGUCAUCUGCGGUAUCUUCGAUUUCUUGCAGCAUCGUGCAAAGGGAAGCACGAUGUAUGGAUUCAAGGGAGGCCCAGCAGGGGUGAUGAAGUGCAAGUACGUCGAACUCAACACCGAUUUUGUCUACCCCUACAGAAACCAGGGUGGAUUUGAUAUGAUCUGCAGUGGGAGGGACAAGAUUGAAACACCAGAGCAGUUUAAGCAAGCUGAAGAUACAGCCAACAAACUUGAGUUGGAUGGACUUGUUGUUAUUGGAGGUGAUGAUUCAAAUACUAAUGCAUGCCUUAUUGCUGAAUACUUCAGGUCAAAGAACCUAAAGACUCGUGUUAUUGGGUGUCCCAAGACUAUUGAUGGAGAUCUAAAAUGCAAGGAGGUCCCAACAAGUUUUGGAUUUGACACUGCUUGCAAGAUUUACUCUGAAAUGAUUGGAAAUGUGAUGACUGACGCACGAUCAUCAGGGAAAUACUACCACUUUGUAAGACUUAUGGGACGUGCUGCUUCUCACAUUACUCUGGAGUGUGCCUUACAAACACACCCAAACAUCGCUCUUAUUGGUGAAGAGGUUGCCGAAAAGAAGCAGACCCUAAAAAAUGUUACAGACUACAUGACUGAUAUUGUCUGUAAGCGUGCCGAACUUGGUUACAACUACGGUGUCAUCCUUAUACCAGAGGGCCUAAUUGAUUUCAUCCCAGAGAAACUUAUUGCAGAGUUAAAUGAAAUACUGGCACAUGAUACUGUUGAUGAAGCGGGUGUCUGGAAAAACAAACUUGAACCAGAAUCCAAGAAAUUAUUUGAAUUUUUACCCCCAUCCAUCCAGGAGCAGCUUUUGCUGGAAAGAGAUCCACAUGGAAAUGUUCAAGUUGCCAAAAUUGAAACAGAAAAAAUGCUGAUCGCAAUGGUUGAAACAGAAUUAGAGAAAAGAAAAGCAGAAGGAAAGUACAAGGGCACCUUUAUUGGCCAAUCCCACUUCUUUGGAUACGAAGGAAGGUGUGGCCUUCCAACUAAUUUUGAUGCCAGCUAUUGCUAUGCGUUAGGUUAUGGUGCAGGGGCUCUUCUCCAGUCUGGGAAGACAGGCCUUAUAUCUUCAGUUGGUAAUCUUGCUGCCCCUGUGGCCGAAUGGACUGUCGGUGGGACUGCAUUGACAUCACUGAUGGAUGUUGAGAGGAGACACGGCAAAUUCAAGCCAGUGAUCAAGAAAGCAAUGGUGGAACUUGACGGAGCUCCAUUUAAAAAAUUUGCAUCCGUGCGAGAUGAAUGGGGCCUGAAGAACCGCUACAUCAGCCCUGGACCCAUCCAGUUUACUGGCUCUGGAGCCGACGCUGUCAAUCACACCCUGCUGUUGGAACUUGGCGCUCAGGCCUGAGCUAGAGGCACGAUUCUGGUAUAGCAUAG